AUGGUUAGAUUUGUAUUUAGGGAAGGACAAGAAAAAGGAAUUAUUAGAUCACCAGCAAUAAUCGAAUAUAAUGAUGACUAUACAAAAAUAAUAAGAUGGGGCACACCAGUUUUACAACAAUUAAAAAACGAUCCUGAUAAUCCGAAUGAAGACUCGGAAUUUCCAAGAGAAAUUUGUACCUUUCAAGUGUUUAAUAGUGAACAAGAAGACAAUUGGUUACCACCUGAACUCUCUCGAAAAAAGUUAAUUAGCGAUUAUUUAAGUGAGAUACAAAAGGUUAUUGUUUCUACCAUACAAGAAAAUUGGACUGGAGUUAAGCCCUCUCAAGAAACUGGUGUUGUAUUCAUUGUGCCAGAUAAAUGGGGGCCAACAUAUUGCAACAUUUUAAGUCAAUGUCUACUUGAAAAUCGAUUGCUUUGUGAUAAUAAAGAGAAUAUUCAAUUUAUUUCGAGAGGAAAAGCUAUUGCAUUGAAUUGCUUAUCCGAAAAUAAGGGUGUAUUAAAAUAUGGAGAUUAUUUUUUGAUCGUGGAGAUUGAUAGGGAUACAAUUAAUUUGACCGCAAGAGAAUAUAUGUCAGAAAAUACACUUGAUGAAAUUCAUGAUCGUAAAGGGGAUUUUAAAGAAAAUUCAAAUUCAAUUUUACCAUCAUUAAAAGAAUUAAUCUUAUCACUGAAAAACGAAAAUUUAAAAACCAAUUUAGAAUUAAAUAAAUGGUGUGUUGAACUAGAUUUGAAAUUGAUCGCAGAUUUAUUCGAUCCUUUAUCGGAUAGAUUGCAACGAUUUAUUAAUACUAAAUUUAAAGAUGAAGAUGAAUAUAUUGAGUAUUCUGUCAUAUUCUUUGUUGGGAACAUUUUUAAAAGUGAUUAUUUGGUGCAGAAAAUUAAAAAAUUGGAGUUUAGUAAGAAUGUUAAAAUUUGUAUUGUGCCUAAUUCUGAAAAUUUGAUUUUAUUAAAUGGCGCUUUGGAAUUUGUACAAGAUAAUACUUUAUAUCCGGUUUUAACUAGUUUGCUUAGAAGGGCAUUUUGA